AUGCUGAUAAGUGAUAAUAGGAGGCGUGGCUCAGAGUUUGGACUUGGUGAUCAUGUUUUCCUAAAGGUGGCGUUUUCUAAAGGUCUAAUGAGGUUUGACAUUAAAGGAAAACUGAGUCCUAGUUACGUGGGACCGUUUGAGAUUUUAGACAGGGUUGGUGAGGUAGCUUGUCGGCUGGCUUUACCACUGCUAUUGGUAGGAGUACAUAAUAAUGUUUUUCAUGUUUCGAUAUUGAGGAAAUAUGUUCAUGACCCCAGCCACAUGAUUGAGUAUGCACCGCAUCAGUUAAGCAAGGAGUUGAGUUAUGAAGAAUAUUCAGUAAAAAUUGUGGAUACAAAGGAUCAAAUGUUAAGAUAUCGUACAAUUCCUUGUGUCAAAAACUUCUGGUGCGACCCCCAAUCUGUCCUCGCUGUGUUUGUUGCGCACCACCACCCUCUCCAGGCAAAUGCUGCCCCUGUGUCUGUUCCCCUCCUGGGGGCCCUAUUGCACCUGUUGCUGAACCAAAUUCACCAUGACUUCUUGAGGGCAUAA